AGUCACAAACCAUACACCAUUUACAGCCAAUCACUUGUCAAUGGAGGGCUGUGUUUGCAGCGGAAGGAAGGUUUUUACAGUAUGCGGUGUUUAUUUAGGCUAACAAACGCUAGUUAUGAAUUUUCGGAAUCUAAUGUAAUCAUAACGUUGCUUUAUUAAGUUUUCAUGCUGCAGACGAAAAGCGAGGACGGAGAGGACAACGGUGAAAGCCGAUUACUCAACCAAGCAGUGUUCAAAGACGAUGACAAACUCCUGGCCAGUCUUCUCUCCCAGGAUAGGUACAGGAAGUUCAUCAACAGCAGGAGUGGCUGGGGGAUUCCAGGCACACCUUUACGGAUGGCUGCAUCUCGGGGUCACCUCCGCUGUCUGGAGGUCCUUCUGGCUCACGGCGCUGAGGUGGACAGCCUGGAUGUGAAAGCCCAGACCCCUCUUUUUACAGCCGUCAGUGGGAAGUAUCUAAGCUGUGUCUUGGCUCUGCUCAAGGCUGGAGCCAACCCCAAUGGCAGCAUGUACAAUAACUGCUCUCCCGUGCUCACUGCAGCACGGGAGGGGGAUGUGGAAAUCCUAAAAGAGCUCCUGCGGCACGGCGCAGAGGUCAACGCGCGGUCCAAGGUUCUGCUGUGGGCUUCGAAUGCCUCAGUUUCCAGUGGACCGCUCUAUCUCUCCGCAGUGUAUGGGCACUUAGACUGUUUUAAAGUCCUGCUUCUCUAUGGGGCUGAUCCCAAUUACAACUGCACUGAUGAGAAGCUCUUCAGGAGGAUCAAGCAGCCCAAGACUGUGAUGGAGAUGUGCCUGAGACAUGGCUGCGGUGUGGAGUACGUCCAGCUCCUGAUAGACUUUGGGGCGAAUGUUUACCUUCCCACACUCAUCAUAGAGAAAUCUACAAAACAGAAUGAAGCAGUGGAACUCUUGCUGAAGGAAAGAGGUUGUCCGAAAUCCCUGAUGUCACAGUGUCGUCUUGCCAUUCGAAUGCACCUGAAAAAGAUCAACAAAAUGCAUUGUAUUAAUGACCUGGAAAUACCACCAGUCCUGAAGAACUUUUUGAUUUACAGAACAGCACCCUCAAGAAGCUUAACAUUCUGACUCGACUGUGUGACUGUGCCUUGAUUAGACAAUAUUAUCAGUUUACAAUGUGGAUAUGACAGUGUUAGAGGUCAGUGCUAUCUUUUCAGUGAUUUUACUUUAUUUUAUUAGUCAAAUUUGUAUUUCCUUUGCCAGCAUAAUCUUGAUUGCUAAUGUAGCAUUUUGGUUUACAUUUUUCAUCAUUGUUCAAUAGAAAACAUCAAGAAGAUUAUUUUCCAUUUUCCCUUCUCUGUAGAAAUUUUUGUAAAUCUCUAGGACUGGAGUCCAAUUGGAGUACCCUACUUAUUUUGAGGUAUUUUAAAACGUCACGGCUCCCGAUAAUAAAUGCUAGCGCCAAGCUUCUCUCUUAAGUGGAACCGCUUCAUGGUUCAAUAAAAUGCUGUCAUAAAA